AUGAGCAUAAACGCUCAGGCCAAAGCCCCUCCGCACGUGCUAGACCCACAUCACUUCAUUCGCAUUUUCUCCAAUGCGAGGAUUCACCAUAAUCAUUACGAGUGCGAGCUUGCAUGGUCUCUGAUAGCGGGACGUUUACCAGGGCGCACAGACAAUGAAAUUGAGAACUAUUGGAAUACUUAUUUGAGAAAGAAGGUGGAGCAGAAUCAUAAUGCUCAUAAAAUUCGUAACCAUGAUGAAUCUCCGGGGUGCUCAAAAACCUCCUUGGGAGAUCUUGAUCCUGCAAGAUCCUCACACCCAAUGACGAUUAAACCUAAAUCAAUGAGAUGUACCAAGGUUAUAAUGCCAACUCGAGAAGCCAACGAUUCAGUCAACGCAAUGAAUUUGAUCACAACGAGCUGGGACAAUCAGAACCCUUCUACGCCCAUGCCACAAGACCAUGUGCGUAAUCAUUGCUUGACGGAUGUUCUCCAAGACUUCGACAUCAAUGACGUGUUAAUGUCGUACGAAGAUGAUGAUUGUCAUUUUAAUGGAUAUGCUGAGGCAGGCCGUGUAGACAUCGCCAGGGAGUUGUUUGAGAGAAUCCCUGUUAAGGAUGUGAUUUCUUGGGGCGCAGGGAAAGUUUCACCGUAG